CUUCCAGCAGGGGGCAGCAGUGAAAUAGUGCUGAACUUUAGGAACCAACACUUCCGGUUGUGAAGCAGCGGUCUCCAUAAAAAGGAGAAUAAUCUAUCAUUAACCUGAACUGAUCGGCGGGAAUAAAUCAACCAGUCUGCUCUGAAUGUUUGAAGUUUGAAUGUCUGUCAUCACAGGUGCAGCUAACAGCUAACAGCUAACUGCUAACAACAGAUACAACACUGACGGGUUCCAGUGUGUCUGAUAUGAGCGGCUCUGCUCAGAGAAAGAGGAGGACCACAGGAAGUCCUCUGGUGUCCAGACCCAGCAUCAAGACCAGCAGAGGAGCUAGCACGAGAAGAGCGGCAAACACUAACAGAGCUGCCAAUGCUAACAGAGCAGCUAACGCUAGCAGAGCAGCCAGCAGAUUGGCUAACAUAGCAGCUAACACAACAGCUAAUGUAAGCAGCACCUCUGAUGGUGACUCUGCUACCCCAACAGAGACCAUCGAUGUGAUGGACAACACAUUAGAAGGUGUGGACGACGUGGUGGAUCUCACCUGUGAGGGCUCAGAGGCUGCUGUGGUGGACCUGACCCACAGCGACUCAGUAGUGCUGCUGGAUGAAGGUCCUCGGAACAGAGAAGUCACCACAGGCGGGAGUUAUGUUGUCAGCAGUGACGAAGACGAGGACACGCCCCCUGUCCUCAAAGGCGCAAUCCUGUCCUCUUUACAGUCCAACAGCUCGUCCAGAUCGACUCCGGGGACAAUCAGCUGUCCUGUCUGUUUGGACUCGUACUCUGAGAUCGUAGAGAGCGGCCGAUUGGUCGUUUCCACUAAAUGUGGUCAUGUGUUCUGCAGCCAGUGUCUGAGAGACGCCCUGACAUCAUCACACACCUGUCCUACCUGUAGGAAGAGACUUACCCACCGUCAGUACCACCCCCUCUAUGUCUAGUAUCACCGUCAGGUCACCACACAAUGAGCUGCUGCUGGAAAUCAUCAUCAGUGACACCAUCAUCAUCAUCAUCAGAAGAGUGAGCGGUUUGCUGCUGGAACCAAGCUGUUUUAAUUCAAGUGAUCACUGAUUGAUAAAUGAUUGAUGUAAAUAGUUGAUUUAUUUUUCCGUUUGUUGGGUUUUCAGCUCCUGUUCUGUUCGUCUGUUGACUCUUUGUUUUCAUUUAACUGAUGUGUGUUAAAGUAUAAAAUAAAUUCUUUUAAAUUCCAUGAAAA